UCUCUCCCCCCCCCCCGUCUCGAGGACCUUCACACACAGGUGAUCCGCGCGACAGGAGGCGCUCCCCUUUCUGUACAAGUUGUUCAUAUCGAUAGAAAUAGUGAAAAAUAGAGUGAAAUAUUAAUAUAGAGAGGGGGAAGGAGAAAUGAUCGUUGUGAUCGAAGAUCAGGACGCCUUCGACCAGGCCCUCGCAGAUGCUGGAGACAAGCUGGUCGUGGUGGAAUUCUCAGCCAGCUGGUGUGGACCAUGCAACACCAUCGCACCCUUCUUCGAGGAGCUCUCAGAAAGGGAGGAAAACCAGAACAUUGUGUUUCUGAAGGUGGAUGUGGAUGAUGCCCAGGACGUGGCCAACUUCUGCGACAUCAAGUGCAUGCCCACGUUCCACUUCUACAAGAACGGCAAGAAGAUGGACAACUUCUCGGGCUCCAGCAGCGAGAAGCUGGAGCAGCUUUUGAAGGAGCACAGGUGUAGCGAGUGAGCGUGCCCGUGUCCCGGCCCUGGGUACCGCGGUAUUUCUGCUGACCGCGUCGCAUGGCUGCAAUAAAG